AUGUCUGACAACUGCGGGUUCGUCCGCCUCAUUCCCGUUUCCCAGGCCCUUGCUGACAGUCUCUUCCUCUCCAGUGCUCUCCCUGGCUUCCCCAGCCCUUCUCCCAACACCUACACCACCACCAACAACACCACCAACAACACCACCAACAACACCACCUCCAGUGACGGGAACGCCCCCGAAGUACAGCUGUAUGACAGUAGCGGUAUCUUUCCCGUCUCAUAUAAUCUGUCUACUGUCCCCUGCGCCGUCAUUGGGCGUGACCUCAACGCUCUCGGUAUCCAGCUCUCUGGCCACAGCUGUGCCUUGCCCGCCUCCUAUACUCCGUCUACUAUCAACUACACCUCCAGCACCAAUGACGACGGCAACGCCCUCGGUCCCCAGCUUUCUCCCGUGACGCCCUCUCCCGCCAGCAGUGGCGACAAGGCCAAGCCCAAGGCGAGAUCUUCCGUUCAUGCCACCAACACCAGGAGCAUCAAGGCGAGUGGCAAGGAGAAGAAGAAGCAUGCCGAGGGCUACAAGCGUAAGAGCAUGUCUUGUGAGCACUGCAAACAGCGACGAAAGGAGUGCGAUGGAACCGACUUCAACGCCUGCACCCGCUGUACCUGCGAUGGCAUCGAGUGCAAAUACGUCCUUGCCAAGGGCAAGCGAGGCUCCCAGAAGGCUUUGAAGAAGCUCGCCGCUAUGGGUCGUGCUCCCUCCGCCGACGGCGUCUACAUCGCUACUCCCUCAACUUCAUCUCUUGCCUCUUCUUCCGGGACGUCCUCUAUGAGCCCGAUCACCCCAAUCACCCCGAUGACCCCGGCCAGGUCUGCCGUCGAGCUCAGCUCCGGUCCCUCUCCUGCCAGCGUCUCUGCCGGCCUCACUUCUGGCUUCGCCACUCCCCACAUCUUCAUGCCCUUCGUCCCGCCCGCCCAGCUUCCUGUUGCUGUUGGCGCCAACGGCAUGCUGAAGGACCACCCCGUUGUCGAGAUGCAACAGGCGCUGUUCGACAACGAGUUCGAUUCAUGCUGCUCGGUCCUUGCUGCUGCUCCUGCCAGCAAGGCAGCAGCUCGUUACCACCCUCCUACUCCGCGUACCACCCCGGUCAAGCCCACCUACGUGCGACCUGUCGACGUCUCCCCCGUCCAGGCUCCCACCUUUUCCCUCAACAACACCUCGGUGUCCUCUACCCUGCCCCCCGUGGUCGCCUCUCAGCCCCAGCUUCCUGCUGUCACGGGCCAAGGUCUUUCUGAGAGCGAGAGGCUUGCGUUUGACGAGCUGGUCAUGGACUUCGAUCUGGAUGACGAUAUCGUUUCCGUUCCCGCCGAAGUUCCUUGCAGCGCCGCUACCAUUGCUUCUCUCCCCACUUCAGACACUACCACAUUGAAGCCUACCGUGGAGAUGUCUGCCGUCAGCGACUCUGCCGACCACACCUCUAUCAACUUCUCCUACGCCGGCUUCUUGGCGCCCGACAAUACUCCUUGGUAUAGCGCGCCUCAAGCCCAGGUCGGAAACGAGGCCGCCUUUGUGGGGAACGAGAACGUUGGCUGGGGCGUGUGUGGUACGGAGGAGAUGGAAACGAGCAAUGCGGGUUCUUGGGGAGCUAUCGAGUCUCCUUUCAACACCACACCCUUCGGCGACUCUUUCACCCCGGUCGCGGAUGAGGCUGCCGACUGCGGUAUGCGGGGACUGUGGAACUGA